AUGCCUCCCGCUAAAGCCACAAAAACCUCCAGCGAGGUCGCCAGCACGCCCUCCGCCAACCGAGGCGGUCCUCGAAAGCCCCCCGCCGCCACAUCAGCCGCCGCUCUGCAGAAAGAAAAAGAGCGGGCCGACAAGGAGCGAGAAAUGCUCGAAAAACAACAGCAGCUCAACCAGCCCCCAGCCACCAUGACAGCCGGCGAGGCCAUGAACUUCGACACACUGCCUCUCGAGUCGCUGCGAAAAUACAAGUCGCUGCACAAGCUGCAGGCUCCCUCGGCUCUGACCCUCAACGGUUACCUUCUGAGCGGACCCAUGGGAAAGAAAACGUGGAGCUACAAGCACCGAACUCGAGUCAACAAGCCCGAGCUUGCAUCCGCCGCCAAGAAGCAUUUCAUGGCCCAGCCCGUGCGAGAGUCCGAGAUUAUCGUCGACUUUGUUUACGCCGUCAAGAACCACGACAAGGCCUUCAAGUUGCAGUUCAACCCUUAG